AGUAAUAGAAUUUUACUAUGGCUGAAAACCAGAGUCAUCCAAGAUUUCUUUCUAAGCAACUCAGCUUUGCCGUGAUUAAGGUCUUCUGAAGAUAGAACUUCUUAAUGAGUGACGAAGAAAAUCAGUCAGAUGUAUACUUAGACAAGAAAUCUCACCAUGGUAAAAGAAAAAAACUUGAUAAGAAUUUCACAGGGCCUGUUGAAAAGAGGUGUUGUACAGAUAUUCUAUGCUGUAUACUCUUCAUACUGUUCAUUAAUGGCUACAUUCUUUUAGGACUUGUGGCCUGGGUACAUGGCGACCCCCAGGAGAGCGCCUAUCCUACAGACAGCGAGGGUCAUUUUUGUGGCCUAAAGGAUACACCGUAUGAGAACAAGUCUAUUUUGUUUUACUUUAACCUCUUCAGCUGUACCAGUCCCUCUGUGCUAAAAAACCUACAGUGCCCUACGACACAGAUAUGUGUCUCCAAAUGUCCAGAAAAAUUUUAUACAUAUGCAGAAAUGCAAUAUGAAUAUUUAAGAGGUAAAAAGUACUGGAACUAUUACAGACAAUUCUGCAAAUCUAAUUUAUCUGAGCCUUCAAAGACUCUUUCACAAAUCAUAGUGGAUGAUGAUUGUCCGACAGCAAUUUUUCCAAGUAAACCUUUUCUCCAGAGAUGUUUCCCUGAUUUCUCUAAUGACAAUGGGACUUUAACAGUAGGAAAUAAAACUAGGUUUCAAGAUGGAAAUGGAACUCAAAGGAAUGCUUUAGAAUUAAGGACAGCUGCAAAUCACAUCAAUAAAAUCCUUAAUUCAAGAGACAUUGCAGUUAAAAUAUUUGAAGAUUUUGCAGUAAUUUGGCAUUGGAUUCUCAUUGGCUUUAUUAUUGCCUUUAUCCUCAGUUGGUUGUUUGUGAUACUUCUAAGGUACACAGCAGGAUUUCUGUUCUGGUUCUUCAUUUUGGGUGUGAUUGGAGUUUUAAGUUAUGGAAUAUGGCACUGUUACCAUGAAUACAGCUCUCUUCCGGAAAAGCCAGGCUCUCAAUUAACUAUAUAUAACAUUGGGAUUCAGACUGAUAUAAGCAUGUACUUUCAUCUGAAACAGAUGUGGUUCGCACUUAUGAUUAUACUCUGCAUCAUUGAAUUUUUGGUCAUCAUCUUGCUGGUUUUCCUCAGGAAAAGAAUCUGCAUCGCCAUUGCCCUGCUGAAGGAAGGAAGCAAAGCCAUUGGGAGUAUCCCUUCUACACUACUUUAUCCAGUUUACACUUUUAUUGUCCUCUCAAUCUGCAUUUGCUACUGGGUCGUGAUAGCAAUUUAUUUGAUUACAUCAGGUUUACCUGUAUAUAAAGUCAUAUCCCCAAGAGGGUUAUGUAAAUAUGAAAAUACUACCUGUGACCCAGAGAUUUUUAAUACAACCGAAAUUUCCAAAGCUUGUCCUGGGUCUCGUUGUAACUUUGCUUACUAUGAUGGAAAGACACUAUACCAUCAAUACAUCACUUUCUUCCAUAUAUUCAAUACAUUUGUCUUUAUCUGGCUCAUAAACUUUGUAACUGCAUUGGGUCAGUGUACUCUUGCUGGUGCCUUUGCUACUUAUUACUGGGCCUUAAAAAAACCUGAUGACAUCCCAUCAUAUCCAGUUUUUACUUCUUUUGGACGAGCUGUGCGAUAUCACACAGGGUCCCUGGCAUUUGGAUCUUUAAUUCUUGCAUCAGUUCAGUUUUUUAAAGUUACAUUAGAAUAUUUGGACACUCAACUUAAAGAUUCCGAGAACAAACUUAGUAAAUUACUACUGUGCUGUCUGAGAUGCUGUUUCUGGUGCUUAGAAAAAGUAGUAAGGUUUUUGAACAGAAAUGCCUAUAUUAUGAUUGCACUAUAUGGCAAAAACUUCUGCAAGUCAGCGAGAGGGGCUUUCAACCUGCUAACAAGAAAUGUUUUUAAGGUUGCAUUGCUGGAUCAAAUCACGGACUUUAUACUAUUACUGGGGAAACUUUUAGUUACUGCGUGUGUAGGUACUCUAGCCUUCUUAUUCUUUACACAAAGAAUCCCAAGGAUUUUAGAAGGACCAACGUCUCUAAAUUUCUACUGGGUACCUUUAAUGACAGUCAUUAUUGGAUCUUACCUAAUUGCACAUGGAUUCUUCAGCAUCUAUAUAAUGUGUAUCGAAACUACUUUCAUCUGCUUCUUGGAAGAUUUAGAAAGAAAUGAUGGUUCUGCUGAAAAGCCCUAUUAUUCGAGUAAGAGUCUGAUGAAGAUUUUGAAAGAGAAAAGUUCACAAAAUAAGAAGCAGUAGACUUGCACUCUAGCCAUCGUGCAGCGGUGUGACCUUUUCCAUUCUAGCCAUUCUGCAGCCGUGUGACCUUUUCCUCAACUGCUGAUCUGUACUACACCUUUCAUAAGUGCUCUGUGUUUGGAACACUGUAUUUAUGACCUUGUUGGCUUUUAUUUGCAUGUUUUCUACCAAAGCUUAUAUUGUAAUAUGUGAAGCCAUCAGAAGUCGCAAGGGAAUUGUUAAUAACAUGGAACAUUUUUAUACUAA